GCUACAGAGCAGCCAAAGGGAUCCAACUCCACUCCUUGUGACAGCCAUGAAGAGAAGCACCCUCCUCAUCCUUUCCAUCACAGGGGUCUACAGUGCCAUUCUCCGCACAGCAGCAUGGUCUGUGAAUAACUUUCUGAUGACAGGACCUAAGGCUUACCUGACGUACUCCAGCAGUGUGGCAGCCGGGGCACACAGUGGGAUGGAGGAGUGCAAGUUCCAGUUCGGGUGGGAGCGCUGGAACUGCCCCGAGAGCGCCCUGCAGCUCUCCACCCACAACCGGCUCCGCAGCGCUACCCGGGAAACCUCCUUCAUGCAUGCCAUCAGCUCAGCCGGGGUCAUGUACACCCUCACCAGGAACUGCAGCCUGGGAGACUUCGAGAGCUGCGGCUGUGAUGACUCCAGGAACGGCCGCGUCGGUGGCCGAGGCUGGGUCUGGGGAGGAUGCAGUGACAAUGUGGAGUUUGGGGAGAAGGUUUCCAAGCUCUUCGUGGAUGCCUUGGAAACAGGGCAUGAUACCCGUGCGCUGAUUAACCUGCACAACAACGAAGUGGGGAGACUUGCAGUGAAAGACACAAUGAAGAGAGCCUGCAAGUGCCACGGGGUGUCAGGCAGCUGCAGCAUCCAGACCUGCUGGCUGCAGCUGGCCGAGUUCCGCGAGAUUGGCAACUACCUGAAGAUCAAAUACGACCAAGCCCACAAGCUGGAGAUGGACAAGAGGCGUGUGAGAGCCGGCAACAGCGCCGACAGCCGCGGCGCCACGGCAGAGACCUUCCACCACAUCCACGCCACGGAGCUCGUCUUCCUGGAGGACUCCCCUGACUACUGCACGAGGAACGCCAGCCUGGGCCACCACGGCACCGAGGGCCGCGAGUGCCUACAGACUGGCAAGAACCUCUCACAGUGGGAGAAGAGGAGCUGCCGGCGGCUCUGCACCGAGUGCGGCCUGCGAGUGGAGGAGCGGAGGACGGAGGUGGUGGCCAGCUGCAACUGCAAGUUCCACUGGUGCUGCACAGUGCGCUGCGAGCAGUGCCGGACGCUGGUGGCCAAGCACUUCUGCACCCGCCGUGACUCCGCUGCCCCCAACCACAUCAGGCAGAGGAACAGGGGACACAGGAGAUAGGGGACACUUUGGUGUCCUCACACAAGGGGAAGGAGCGUCCAGAGGGUUGGUGUGCACCGUGUGAGGUGAUGGGGUCUCCUGUGGAUGGAUGCAGUGGGAUUAGGAAGCACAAGGCGCGGGCGCUGAGGGACCAUGGUCCAUCUUGCUUCCAUGUUUUUUCCUCAACAUUUACCAGUAGCUUCUUUCUUCUUGGGAGUCACUUUAUCUGUGUAUUGGACAGAGGGGAGGAAUGUCAUGGCUUUGGUGGGCUCAACCCCUUAUGUCCUUGCCAGUGGGUUUGCCAAUGCCAGCAGUGGGGCUCCAGCCCCACAGCCAGAGAUGGGAACAGGUGCUGUGGCCAAAAGCAGGUCCAGCCAGGUGAUCCCAUCCCUGCAGCUUCAGGUCCCAGCUGUUCAUGCACAGCAGCUGCUUGGCAGCAUUUCUGGAGGAAAACUUAUGCACUUUGUGAUGUGAGAGGAGGUUUGACAGUGUUGUGGUGUGUAUUACCACAACUGCAGCUUUGAGAAGUUUACAGCCAGUGUUUACAUAUUUCCCUCAACCCCCCCACUUUUUUUCUCCUCCUUUUUGAAUUUUGUAUUUUGGCACAAGAAGCCUUGCCCCAAAUAGACAAUAGCUUCAUGUAUUUGUACUGGAUAAAAUUAAGCAGUUUACAUUUUCCUAUACUUUUUUGUUUUAAAAUAGCAGAUAAGAAUUCAGAAUUCUUUAUGCCUAAUGUUGUUUAUUAAUAAGUUGUAUUAUUGCUUAGCACAAUCUGUUUUCACUAUAUAUUUUGAAGGUAUCCCCGAAGAGUUAGAUUCUGGACUGUACUUUGCAAUAAACCACAAUGAAAAGAAUUGGCUUUUUCCUUUCUGGCUUCCUAGCAGUAUGAUUUUAGGUGCAAACUUGUCCUUUUCUGUGUAAAACCCAACAAUUCCACGAAUUUCCUCAUCAUUAAUCCAAAAGCCACCAAGGGCAAUGAGUUUGUUCUCCUGGAUCUCAGUAAAUUGGCUCCAGCCUCCAGUCCCCAGAGGGUUGGCUUUAGUACCUAUCACCAUAAUCUCGCCCUUUCCAAGUGCUGAGUAUGCAGACACAGCCUGGCUAAAGCCGAUUUUGAAGCUCCCAAAGUCUCUUUAAUUUGCUCGACCCGACAUCCCCCAGACAAUGCGAGGCUGCCCCGCUUUGAUGUGGAAAGCGUCACCAUCGGCACUCGCUGAAAAUUUCUUGGAGGCACGAGAGGAACCCUUUGAACUGGAGCAGGAGAGAAAACUUGGGGACAGUUGUGAAUGUGUCUGCUGGUUCCCUGCUGCUCCGGGUGCCAGAAGCCCGGACGAGGUCGGGGAGGGCAGGAGGGGACAGCGCUGGCUGCUGCUGUCCCAGGGCAGCUCCUGCUCCUUGGAGUCAGAGCUGCUGUGGAGGAGCCAGGGCUGUGCCAUCACCCACACCCACGAUGCCGGGCAAGGAUGCUCGACAAGUUUGCUCUCCAGCCAGGGAAAGAGGAGGAGAGACAAGUGUAAAAACCACCCUACAGUUCUGCCAGCACAUUGCACCCACACUGCAAAUGCUUCAAUGCUGUUUUAUCCAGGUCUCCCUAUGGCUCCCUGUGUAAACACAGCCUCGACACAUACGAGAGCCGGACCAGGGAGAUCAGCUCGCAAAACACAUUUGGGAAGCACAGCUCACUUCCAUGCAUUUAUUUUAUGCAAAGUGUGUUUUAUUAAAGCUGGAAGGGCAACACCAUCAGUUAGGGGGGCUUUGCUGCCUUCAGGGUAACCAUUUCUAGUAAGUUACCCUAC